AUGAAGCCCGCGGUGGACGAGAUGUUUCCCGAGGGCGCGGGGCCUUACGUGGACCUCGACGAGGCAGGAGGAAGUACAGGUCUGUUGAUGGAUUUAGCAGCCAAUGAAAAGGCAGUGCACGCAGACUUCUUUAACAGUUUUGAAGAUAUGUUUGAUGAUGAUGAUAUCCAGUGAAAAUCCCCUUCCAGCAGUGUGGUGCUAAAUAUUUAAACGUCUAUGUUCAAAAUGAAAAGGAGCUGUGAAUAUUGCAUCUGAGAUGUGAAAGAACAUGACAACAUGGCUAAAGAUGGAUAAAGGGUAGAACUGUGGGGCCAUUUUCCAAUAGAAAUGUAUAGAUGUACAGUUUCGCAGGCUUGCUUCAAUAAAAUCUAGAUAACAUCUCUUGUGGUUGGGUAUACA